AUGAAGAUCUCCACCGUCGUCCUUCUGGCCGCUUCGGUCCUGGCCCCCCUCGCCGAGGCGCAAGGCCGCUGCUACUACAUCCGAAACUACGGAUGGCGUGCCCGCUGCCAGCCCUGCAGACAGGGCUACCGAUUCACUGGUAUGGGCGAUUGCAAUCCCCGGUGGCAAUGCUGCCGUGGAUUCUGCUGCCGGAGACGCAGUGGAGACGAUGGACCUACCCCCAUUCCCGGGCCCGAGCCCACUGAUGUGGCGCCCCCUGGCUCCGAGGAGCCCGAGCUCCCGAUUGAGGAGCUCGAGGUCCCCUUUGAGGAGUAA